AUGGCCAACCCGGCAAAAAAAGGGCGGGAUGUCCGCAUGCUUGGUGGCUCGGCAAGUAACAUCAGUUUCCCCGAGUCUGCUCCAACUCUCCAACCUCUCCACUCCCCACCUCCUGCUUCCGCUCCUUUCUUUGCCAGGCCUGCUCCGAUUGACAUUGUCACUCCUGCAGCCAACGCUCGUCAAGCCCGUCACCAUUUGCCAGUGAUUCCAGACCAUAUCCUUCGCAAUACAGCUCCCUCCCGUCCUGAUUCCGAUUUCUACCUUCUUCCUCGUCGUCCAACCGAACCCUUCGACACCACCAAGCACUUCUACUCCCUCGUCGCGAGUGCUGUGGCUGCGACUGCUCCGAUUCGUCGACCCGUCACUCCUGAACUCCCCGACGACCCGAUCAAAGACCUUCUCGAGAAAACACCUCCAAAGUGCGAGGUGCCUUUCUGUCCCAUCAUGAGUGUCCUCCUUACUACCGCGGGGUACGACCAUACCAUCCGCUUCUGGGAAGCUCUCUCUGGCAUCUGCUCCCGCACCAUUCAACACCCGGACUCUCAGGUCAAUCGACUCUGCAUUACCCCCGACAAGAAGUACCUCGCCGUUGCGGGUCACCACAAUGUCAAGCUGUUUGACGCCAAGUCGAGCAACCCGAACCCGCUCAUGACUUUUGAGGGCCACACUGGCAACAUCACCGGAGUCGCAUUCCACUGUGAGGGCAAAUGGAUGGUCACUAGCUCUGAGGACUGCUCCAUCAAGGUCUGGGACGUCCGCAGCGGCAGCCUUCAGCGCGACUACAGACACGAGUUCCCCGUCAAUGACGUCGUUAUCCACCCCAACCAAGCUGAACUGAUCAGUGGUGAUCGUGGUGGCAUGGUUCGCGUCUGGGACCUGGGUGAGAGCAAAUGCAUUCACCAGCUGGAGCCUGAGGAGAACAGCUCUGUUACAAGUGUCAGUGUCGCAACCGAUGGAUCGUUGCUGUGCGCUGGAAGCAAGAAGGGAAAUGUCUACAUUUGGCGCAUGGUCCAGACCGAAGAAAAGGCGCUGAUGAUCCCAAUUGCGACCUUCCAAGCCCACAUGGACUACCUCAAUCGCGUCCUCCUGUCCCCCGAUGUCAAGCACCUGGCUACCUGCUCCGCCGACCACACUGCCAAGGUGUGGAACCUUGACCCAGAAUACCCUCCGGCCAAGGCCGCCCUCAAGGAGUGGAAGGAGAAGCAGGAGAAGCGGGCGCAGGCGGGUGAGACGGAGAACCCGAACGAAGCCCUGGCCGACGCAAAUAGCAAUGCCCACGACCUCCUCCGUGUCUUCGAGCAGGACCGUCACCUGCUACGCCUGACCGACAACGCGCCCCGAGAGGAGACCACGCAGCAGACCUUCGCUGCGCAGCCCGAUGGUCCGCCCAUGGACCCGGUCAACAACACCCUCUUCCUCGAGACCACCCUGGCUGGUCACCAGCGGUGGGUCUGGGACUGUGCGUUCUCGGCCGACUCGGCGUACCUGGUGACGGUGUCGAGCGACCACUAUGCCCGCCUGUGGGAGCUGAGUACUGGCACCAUCAUCCGUCAGUACAGCGGCCACCACCGUGGCGCGGUGUGUGUGGCGCUCAACGACUACUCGGAGCCACGUUGAAGAGGUCUUUGUGGUACUGGGUUCGUUCUGGCUUUUGCCAGACCCUGGUUUUUCCAUUUUUCUUUAUUUUUGUUUUGUUUCGCGGCGUUUGGGGGGACAUAGCGCGGCGUGGGACGGGCAUUCGACAUUUUUAGCAUAGCGACUGGGCCCGGGUCGCCUUUUAUGAUUUAUGGAGCGCAUGAGAGAUACCACUCAGUAGUGAAUUCGCCGUUUGUCUCUUAAAUCAAUAUCAUUUACUCUCAUGCAUUGGUUACAUUCCUCUCAACCUGGCCUUGAAC